UGAUGGAUGAUAAGCGAUGUAGCAAAAAAUAACGAGAGGAGGAUAUCGUGUGUAGUGUAAUAAAGCGGAGAAAAAAAAGAAAGGAACGAAGUUUACGAAGCGGAAGUAGUAGGUCUCUCAAGCAAGUAGGCACAAAACGAAUUGUAGUCAAUGAAACAAAGGAAAACCACGCGGACAAAAUCAAACACUCACUCAGACACACACUAAACUAAACUACUAUUAAAAAGUGGGUUGGGCGGGGGCUGCUGGUGGUGGGAAAACACAAUUAGAAAUGAAAUGCUAUCUUUCCCGGAUCGAACCCCAGGGCGAGCUGCUGUGGUGGUAGGGUGUGCGCGCGCGCGUGAGCGUGUAAAAGAGUUGAAGUCUAAAGCCAAUUAAAGUAAGCGUUUGCAGCGAUCGGUAGAUGAUGGAGGAGGCCCUUGAAAGGGAUAAGUAGGCGAGAUUAGGAAAGGGCAAAAAGAAUAUUCAAACGGCAGUAGGCAAAGGGGCAAACACACACGCGGGCGCGCGUGGUCACGAACCACGCUACAAGAAUGACGAAAGGAUGAGGAAGCAAGUGGCAGUAGUAGCACAACUAAUAGCAGUAGUAGUAGUAGGCCAUGAAAGGAAGGAACGCGAAGGCCGAUGGGGACGGCGUGGAGGGCCGUGCGCGUCGGCUGGUGGAUCGUGUUUUCCGUUGUUGCGUUCUUCAUUUAUGUGUCGCGUCUAAUUCAAAUUUUUCUGAUUCUCCAAAUCAGCCAGUUAUCAGUAGCAGCAGCAGCAGCAGCAGCAGUAUCGUGCAAUUGCAAUUUGUAAAUCUUCUUUCUUUAGCGUGUAGUCGCAGCAACGCCGUGCGCGAGCUGUUGUUCUGUUAGCCGGUGGCUGGGUAUGCUCUCUUUGCCGCAGCAUUAUUAGUGUGUAUGGUGGUGCGACGACGCUUCAACGCGCAGCAAACAGCAGCAUCCACAACCACAAAAACAACAACAACAACAACAACAAAAAUCUCACAAAAGAGCGUUGUAGAUAAUAUAGUUGAUCGUCGUUUCAUGAUAGUUUAUUCAGCAUUACUGAUAGAUUAGCCGGCUUACACAAACUAAAAAAAAAAACAAAAAAACCAAAACAGUGAUUGUGAAUAAAAACCCUAGA